GUGGAAAGCCUGUUAAAUACGCACGAUGAGCAACCAAAUCCAACCAGGGGAACUCAGCGAACAAGAAAAGGAAGAGAAUGAAGAAAAGAAAAGAAAGCGCCGUCGACGACUGGCAUUAAUACUGUCGCUCAGUAGUCUCGGUAUACUGGCGCUGCUCGGCGGUGGCAUUGGGGCCGCAGUGGGUGGUGGUACCGCAGCAAGUGUUGAUCAUAUGAGCGAUGUGUCUGCUACUGAGACAUUCUCUCAUAAUGCGUCUUCUACUGAGACUUCCACUAUGGAGAAUGUACAUGGAAAUACAGAUAGAGCUACGUUAUCGGAAUCUAUUAACGACACAGACGAAGUGAUACAUGAAACAACAGUCGCUCCAGGGACUUCAUUUCCUAACAUAUUUCCAUCGACAACUGAAUCAAACGCGCCAGUGGAGUGUUCGCCAACCGAGUUCACGUGCGGUACAGGGGAAUGUCUGCCAGUGGACAUGACAUGUAAUGGCAUCCGAAAUUGUGGAGACGAUUCUGACGAGAUUGGGUGUCCAGAAGGAUGCCUAGACACCCAGUUUGAAUGUGAAAAUGGCGUGUGUACGCCGCUAGGUUUUCAGUGUAACGGUGUUGUAAACUGUGGAGACGGUACAGAUGAAAAUGGAUGUCAAACGUGCAGCCCUGAACAAUUCACUUGUGAUGAUGGUAGCUGUCUUCCAGCGGAAUACGCCUGUGACGGGAUACUCGACUGUAGAGAUUUCUCAGAUGAGUUGUACUGUGAAGAGUGUGCAGACGACGAAUUCCGCUGCUCAUACCGUGUGUGUAUUCCCCAAGCAGGGGCAUGUGAUGGUGUGAAUGACUGUGACUUCGAUAUCGUCUCCGAUGAGGCGUAUUGCACUUGCAACGAAGACGAUUUUCAGUGUGCGGAUGAGCGUUAUUGCAUCCCAGCCGCUAAGGUAUGUGAUCGAAUUCUAGACUGCAGGGAUGAUUCUGACGAAUUUGGACCACAGUGUAUGUGGUGCAGUGUUGACGAGUUCACGUGUGAUGAUGGUAGCUGUAUCCAACCAACGAGUGUCUGUGAUGGAAUAAGCGACUGUUCUGACUUAUCAGAUGAAGCCAAUUGUGAUACGCGAUGUGGACCAGGCCAGUUUGUUUGCAAUGAUGGCUAUUGUCUAGGGACAGCGUGGGUAUGCGAUGGGAUAUAUGACUGUCCAGAUCAAUCAGACGAAGGCGCUCACUGUACGGCGUAAUGUCAAGUAAACAACUAUGAUGAUCUGAAGAAACAUCGUGUUCAACAUUCGGCAACCUAAGACACCGUUUCCAUCACCGGGAAUUCAUUGAAAUUUACUCGUUACUGUCAUCAAAACCUGUCUGCAGACAACCUUGAUGUGCGUUUUUCAUUUUGUUAAGUUGUUAUUCAGACUUAUUUUCAUUUCUUAGUUAUCGUAACUCAUAUAGUGUUUCUGGCAAUCGCAAAGUAAUAUCACAC